AUGGACACGGAGGCCGCCACGACUGGAGCGAUCGACGUGACGAGCCACCGCGCGUCGCAGGGCACGGAAGACGAGGCAGGGAGCAAGUCACUACAGGAGCGACGGACGGACAAUACGGUGGUGGACGUUGAUGAGCCGCAGGAGAGCGCAGUGGACGAGGAUGAGGAGGAGGAGGUUGACGAAGAAGACGAAGAGGAUGAAGACGACGAGGCGGACAGCGACGGACUGUCGGACAAUGCGUCGCUGUUGCGCAUGAUGCAGAGUCUACCGGAGAACGAGGCGCGACGCCACGAGCAGUUCCGGCGCUCACACUUUGAGCGCGGAGUUAUGAAACGAUGCAUGGCUCAAGCAAUCCAAGAGUGCUCAGCGACGGACAAGAGAGCGCCUACUGUGACCAACGUUAUGGCUAUUGUAGUAGCGGGCAUGACCAAGGUGUUCGUGGGUGAGAUCACGGCAGAAGCACGGAGAAUUAUGGAACAGAACGGCGAGACGGGACCCAUACGUCCACAUCAUCUUCGUGAAGCGCAUCGCAAGUACUACAAGCGUCGACCAUUGAUGCGGGGCCGCAAUGUUCGACGUCUGCUUCGGUAG